UUUACAAUGUGGGCGGCGGCCAUACUGCAGAAACGUUCGCUGCAGAAGGAGCUGGACUUCCAUAUGUUACAACUACACAGUUGAAGGAGUAUCUAGCAGUUGAAAUAAUGCAGGACUACACAAAGUCAGUGAAGGAGUUUGUGGAAGAACACCCUGCAGGGGUCACAGCAGUCCUGUUGACGGGUGUCGGGCUCUUUGCCCUGCGGAGAUGGCGGGCCGGGGGACUCUGCCGCAGCAAAGCCCGCUUGGACGGCAAAACUGUUCUGAUAACAGGAGCCAACACUGGUAUCGGUAAAGAGACAGCGGUGGACAUGGCCAAGAGAGGUGCAAGGGUGAUCCUGGCUUGCCGAGACAUGGGCAGAGCCAACAAAGCAGCAGAAGAGGUCAGGAAGAGGAGUGGAAAUGGCAACGUGGUUGUGAAGAUGCUUGAUCUGACCUCAUUGCGGUCUGUCCGAGCUCUGGCCAAAGAUGUACAUCAGACUGAAGACAGACUGGAUAUUCUCAUUAAUAAUGCUGGGAUAAUGAUGUGCCCACAGUGGAAGACAGAAGAUGGCUUUGAAAUGCAGCUUGGUGUGAACCACCUGGGUCAUUUCCUGCUCACCAACUUACUUCUGGAGUUGUUGAAGAAAUCAGCACCCAGCCGCAUUGUCAAUGUUUCCAGCCUGGCUCAUGAGACAGGCAAGAUUCAUUUUGAUGAUAUAAAUCUGGAGAAAAACUAUGAUACAUUGGUAAGCUAUCGACAGAGCAAGCUGGCCAAUGUCCUGUUCACUCGGGAACUAGCUACCAGACUGAAAGGCACAGGAGUGACAACUUACGCUCUUCAUCCUGGGCUGAUCCAUACUGAGCUUGGACGGCACUUUUUCCCUUCUCUGCCUUUGUGGAAAAGGAUUUUGUUCAUGCCCCUUUAUUUCGUUGUCAAAACACCUUGGCAGGGUGCACAGACCACCAUCUACUGCGCAGUGGAUGAGAGUCUGAAGAAUACCAGCGGCCUUUACUACAGUGAUUGUGCACUCAAAGAGGCAGCUCCCCAGGCUAGAGAUGAUGCUGCAGCUCGCAGACUGUGGGAUCUCAGUGCUUCCAUGGUGGGCCUGGCUUGAGACAACACCUUGUGCACUGAAAAUCACUCUCUUCAUUUAAAAAGCAGUUUGUCACAUUUUCCUGUGUAAAUUGGACAUUCCAAAUUUGCAGACUAUUAAAUCUGCUUACUUUAUAUAAAGUAUAGACAGCCAGUUUGAGUAAGAAUGUAGAAAAGUUUCAGUGUGCAGGAUGAGGCCGGCUCUAUAACAAAAUGCCUAUGCAAUAUGAUAAACUGCUAUAUGAACUGUGAAUUUAAGCAUUAAAUAAUUCAUGUGAUCUUUUUAUAGCCAUUGUGCAUAGCUAUAAAAUAGACAUUUGAUCUAAAUUUUAAAAACAGAUUUCAUUGCCAGCACUUAUGUAAUUUGAUGCCAUGCAUCACAGUUAAAUUCUGCGUGUAAUAUUAAUACAGGCUAACAUUUUUACAAAGCCUAUUUUUGAAUAAUGAAAUAAAGACAAUAAAUGACUUAGAAUAAAAUUG